UCCCACUGCUGGACGUUGGUGCUGGAACCCUGGGGAACUCAUUUCCGAGGUGCCACCCAGCUGACAGCGCCAAGUCUCAGGCACGGCUCAGGCUGGGGUGCACGUCUCUGCUGAGAACAUCUUCGUGGCUACCUGGGUGUGAAAAGCGUCUACAUCUGCCCUGUGCAGGGGUCUCGCCAUGGUGCUUGAAGCAGCUGGCUUCCCAGAGUGGCUAACAGCCCGAUUAUUUAUUUAGGAAGGCUUUCUCCGGAGGAGGAUGUUCUUUUGUAAACAUGGACUGCCUGGCUCUUCCACCCGGCUCCGGCUUCUUGUUUCGGGUCAUUGAAACAUUGAUCUUCGCCUGUGUUGCUUCGGUAUCGGUGGCUGCCUCCCAGGGUCUCUUCCCCAGGCUGGAGAAUGUGGGUGCUUUCAAGGGUGUUUCCAUCGUGCCAACCCAAGCAGUGUGCGGCCUCCCAGACCCCAGCACGUUUUGUGACAGCUCCGUGGCUGCCGGAAGCACCCAGUUCUGCACCCAGCGGCUUUGUGUUCAGGACUGUCCCUACCGGUCCUCCUCUCCACCCUACACUGCCCUGUUUUCUGCUGGUGGCAGCACCUGUGUCACCCCAGACAAGAGUGAUCUGUGCCCUCAAUCCUCUAGCAAUUCUACGAGUUUUAUUUUUGGAAAACACACGGACUGCUUCCCUUCUCCUCCCUCUCCGAGGCUGGGUGAAGCUCUGACCUUAGCCGUGUGGCUGAAACUUGAACAAGCAGGUGAAAUGUGCAUUAUAGAAAAGAUGGUGGAUGGGCAGACUGUGUUCAAACUUACAAUAUCUGAGAAAGAGACCACAUUUUAUUAUCGUACAGUAAAUGGUUUGCAGCCUCCAAUAAAAGUAAUGACACUGGGGAGAAUUCUUGUGAGGAAAUGGAUUCAUCUUAGUGUGCAGGUGCAUCGGACAAAAAUCAACUUCUUUAUCAAUGGCGUGGAGGAGGAUAACACGGCUUUCCACACAGGAACUCUAAGUGGGUCCCUUUCCGAUUUUGCUUCCGGUACUCUACAAAUAGGACAGAGUUUAAAUGGUUUGGAGAAAUUUGUUGGAAGAAUGCAAGAUUUUCGAUUAUACCAAGUAGCACUUACAAACAGAGAGAUUCUAGAAGUUUUCUCUGGAGAUCUGCCCCGCUUGCACAUUCAGUCGCACUGUCGGUGCCCCAGCAGUCACCCCCGCAUCCACCCUCUGCUACAGCAGUACUGCGUGCCCAACGCAGUCGGAGACACAACCAGGCACAGAAUGCUGCGGCUGGACCCUGACGCCCACCCACUUUCUUUCAUCAAUGAUAACAACACUGGUACCUCGUGGAUUUCACAUGUGUUUACCAACAUCACCGAGCUUGAUGCAGGAGUGACUAUUUCAGUGGACUUGGAAAACGGACAGUACCAGGUGUUUUAUGUUGUCAUUCAGUUCUCCAGUCCACAACCAACAGCAAUAAAGAUUCAAAGGAAGAAGGAAGACAGCUUGGAUUGGGAGGACUGGCAGUAUUUUGCUAGAAAUUGUAGCACCUUUGGAAUGGAAAACAAUGGAGAUCUGGAAACGUCUGAUUCCGUCAACUGUCUCCAGCUUUCCAGGUUUUCCCCAUAUUCCCGUGGUAAUGUCACAUUUAGCAUCCUGAAUCCUGAGCCAAAAUGUCGUCCUGGAUGCAGUGACUUCUAUAAUAACCCAGCCCUUCAAGAAUUUGUAAAAGCCACGCAAAUAAGGCUUCAUUUCCACGGGCAGUACCAUACCACGGAUGCAGGCGUCAACCUUGGACACAGAUACUACGCAAUAGACGAGAUCACCAUUGGCGGGAGGUGUCAGUGCCAUGGUCAUGCCAACAGAUGUGACACAAGGAGCCAGCCCUACCGGUGCCUCUGUGCCCAGGAAAGCUUCACCCACGGGCUUCAUUGUGAUCGAUGCUUGCCUCUGUACAACGACAAGCCUUUCCGAGCAGGGGAUGAAGCUCACGCGUUCGCCUGUAAACCUUGUCAGUGCCAUGGCCACGCCACAAGCUGCCACUACAACGCCUCGCUGGACCCAUUUCCCCUGGAGCAUGGCCGAGGGGGCGGAGGGGUGUGCGACGCCUGCCAGCACCACACCGCAGGAAGGAACUGUGAGCUGUGUGAGGAUUACUUUUUUCGACAAGUUGGUGCAGACCCUUCAGCCGUGGACAUUUGCAAACCCUGCCAUUGCGAUGGAGCUGGCACCAGGAACGGCAGCCUCCUCUGUGACCAGAUUGGAGGCCGCUGUAAUUGUAAGAGACAUGUGUCUGGCAGACAGUGCAAUCAGUGCCACGCUGGAUUCUACAGCCUGCAAGAGUUGGAUCCUGAUGGCUGCCGCCCCUGCAGCUGCAAUACCUCGGGGACGGCAGAUGGAGAUAUUACCUGUCACCCAAAUUCAGGACAGUGCAAGUGCAAGGCAAACGUUAUUGGGCUUAGAUGUGACCACUGCAACUUUGGGUUCAAAUUCCUCCAAAGUUCAAACAACGAAGGAUGUGAGCCCUGCGAGUGUAACCUCCAUGGCUCCGUGAGCCAGAUCUGCCAUCCUGUUUCUGGCCAGUGUGAGUGUAAGAGAGACGUCCGAGGACUGCGAUGUGACAGAUGUGGGGAGCACUUCUACGGGCUGGAUGCCACCGGCUGCAAGGCCUGCAAGUGCCACGUGGCUGGCUCCAUCUCUGGGACCAUCUGUGACGCUGAGACAGGACAGUGCCGCUGCAAGCCCAACGUGGGAGGCAGACAGUGCGGGGAGUGCGUGGAGGGCUAUUUUUCCCGAUGGCAGAAUGACUCUUUCCGCUGUCUGCCCUGCCACUGUGAUAAAUCUGGGACAGUAAAUGGCUCUCUGCUGUGUGACAAAGUGACAGGGCAGUGUCCCUGCCGAUCAGGGGUGACAGGUCUGCUCUGCGACCAGUGUGAGCCCCACAGGUACAAUCUGACCACCGAAGGCCACUUUCAGAGCUGCGCAAUGUGUGAGUGUGACUCUCUGGGGACACUACCUGGGACCACGUGUGACCGGAUCAGUGGUCAGUGUGUGUGUCUGCCUCGUCGUCAAGGAAGAAGGUGUGAUCGGUGUCAGGCAGGUUUUUACAUUGCUCCCGGCAAUGCCACGGGUUGCCUGCCGUGCUCCUGCCACACUUCUGGAGCAGCAGGUCGUGUCUGCGAUGGCCUAACUGGACAGUGCCUCUGCCAGGACACCUCCGUUACUGGGCACCGCUGUGACCGAUGCAGUGACCACCAUUUUGGAUUUGAUCCCCAGACUGGAAGAUGUCAGCCUUGUAAUUGUCAUCUCUCAGGAGCCUUGAAUGAAACCUGUCACUUGGUCACGGGCCAGUGUUUCUGCAAACAGUUUGUCACAGGGACAAAGUGUGAGGCCUGCGUUCCCGGCGCGAGCCACUUGGACGUCCACAACCCGUGGGGUUGCAGCAAAACUCCAUCCCAGCAACCUCCUCCCAGAGGACAAGUUCAAAGUUCUUCUGCAAUCAGUCUCUCCUGGAGCCCACCUGACUCCCCAAAUGCCCACUGGCUUACCUACCGUUUAUUCAGGGAUGGAUCUGAAGUCCACACGACUGAAGACCAGUACCCAUACAGUACCCAGUGCUUCUUAGACACUGCCCUGUCACCAUAUACGACAUAUUCCUAUCACAUUGAGACCACCAACGUGCAUGGCUCCACACGGAGUGCAGGUGUCAUGUACACAACAAAGCCAGGGCUGCCACAGGGACACCUGAACCUAAGCUACGUCAUUCCUGUCAGCUCUGACUCUGUGACACUCACUUGGAACGCACUCUCAAACCAUUCUGGUCCCAUAGAGAAGUACAUUUUGUCCUGUGUUCCUCUGGACAACCUCACCUCGUGCAUUCCCUAUGAAGGUCACGAGACCUCAGCCACCAUCUGGGGUUUGAUUCCAUUCACCAAGUACCAGUUUUCGGUCCAGGCAUGCACUAGUGGGGGCUGUGUCCAGGGGUCACCUGUCACAGUGACCACAGCACAGGCACCGCCGCAAAGACUGAGUCCACCCAAGAUCCGGAGAGUCAGUUCCAGCGAACUUCAUGCAGAAUGGGCUCCACCGGCAGAACCGAAUGGAAUUGUUACAAAAUACGAGUUAUACAUGCAAAGAUCGGGGUCCACUGAGGAACGCAGAGUCUUCCAGAGCAGCAGCUGGCUGGGUCCUCAGCCUUCUGCAGAACCAGCUGAUGGAACUGCACAAAGACCUCUCCAGACAGCUGCUACCAUCACUGGCCUGGAGCCCUACACAGAGUAUGCAUUUAAGGUCUCAGCUGAGAAUGUGGUUGGUAGCGUGUCUUCCGUCUGGAUCUCAGAGAGGACGGGAGAAUCAGCGCCUGUGCUCAUGGGGACCCCUUCUGUCUCUCCACUCUCCUCUCACUCUCUCAAUGUCUCCUGGGAGAAGCCACCAGAAAAUGUUACCAGAGGAAGAGUCAUGGGGUACAGCAUCAGUCUGGUUUCUGAACAGUCACCUCAACAGUCUUCUCCAGUGGUGUUGCAACAGUCUAGGUAUGUGCUGGCUGCCUGUAGUUAUCUAAUGCUGCUGCACACGGCACAAUCCCAGGAGCUCUCUUACAUCGUCACAGGACUGAAGCCUUACAGGAUGUAUGCGUUCACCGUUUCCCUCUGCAAUUCGAUUGGUUGUGUAACAAGUGCUGCUGGAGUGGGGCAGACUUUAGCUGCAGCACCUGCCCAGCUGAGGCCUCCUCAGAUUAAAGGACUCAACAGCACCACAAUCCAUCUUACGUGGUUUCCACCUGAAGAAGUAAAUGGACCCUCGCCUCUGUACCAGCUGGAAAGGAGAGAGUCGUCUCUACCAGCCCUGGCGGCCACUGUGAUGAAAGGAACUCGUUUCACAGGAAAUGGAUAUUAUAAAUUUCCCAGCACCACUCACCCCGUUGGUACUGACUUUACCGGCCUUAAAGCCAGCUUUCGAACACGGGUAUCGGAGGGUUUGAUCCUCUUUGCAGCAUCGCCUGGUGAUCAGGAGGAGUAUUUUGCACUUCAGUUGAAGGAAGGCCGUCCUUAUUUUCUUUUUGAUCCUCAGGGGUCCCCAGUGGUAGUCACCACGACUGAUGAUGACAGUAAACAGUACAGCGAUGGCCAGUGGCAUGAGAUAACUGCCAUCAGGCAUCAGGCUUUCGGCCGAAUCACUCUGGAUGGGCAGUACUCAGGCUCUGGGGCCGCCCCGAAUGGGAGCACCAUCAUUGGGGACAAUGCAGGACUCUUUGUGGGCGGUUUGCCCCAGGGUCACGCCAUCCUGCGGAAGGAGGCUGAGAUUAUCCAGAAAGGUUUUGUGGGCUGUCUCAAGGAUGUGCAUUUUAUGAAGAGUUACAAUCCCUCUGCUAUUUGGGAACCUCUGGAUUGGCAGAGCUCUGAAGAGCAAAUCAAUGUCUAUGACAGCUGGGAAGGAUGCCCUGCUUCAUUGAACGAGGGAGUCCAGUUCCUCGGAGCAGGAUUCCUGCAGCUUCAUCCGGGUGUGUUUCGUGGUGGAAUGGAUUUUGAGAUUUCUCUGAAGUUCAGAACUGACCAAGUAAAUGGAUUGCUUCUUUUCAUUUACAACAAAGAUGGACCUGAUUUUCUUGCUGUAGAGCUGAAGAGUGGGGUAUUGAGCUUCCGGUCAAAUGCCAGUCUUACCUUUGCGCAAGUGGACCUCUGGCUGGGCCUGUCCUACUGUGAUGGGCAGUGGAACGACGUGGUGAUUGAGAAGCACGGCCCCCGCCUAGCAGCAGGCGUGAACGCGCAGACCCAGCGCUACUCCGCGUCUGCAGCGCGUGCCUUGGUGGUGAACUCGCCCGUGUAUGUCGGGGGGAUCCCACAGGAGCUGCGGGGUGCUUUUGGGCACUUGAGUCUGGAACAAGGUUUCGGCGGCUGCGUGAAGGAGGUUGCCUUUGCACAUGGGGCUGUCGUUAACUUGGCAUCUGUGUCCAGCCUUGCUGUCAGAGUCAAUCUGGAUGGAUGCCUAUCACCUGCCAGUGCCGCUAACUGCAGGGGAAAUGACUCCAUCAUGGUGUUCCGGGGACACCAGCACAGUGCUCAUGACAGUGGGCUUCAGCCCUUCACAGAAUACCUGUAUCGAGUGAGAGCCUCGCAUGAAGGAGGCUCAGUGUACAGUGACUGGACUCGGGGUCGGACAAUGCCAACAGCCCCGCAAAGUGUGCCGGCCCCCUCCAGCAUCCGCAGUAUCGAUGGGUACAGUGUUGAGGUGACCUGGGAUGAACCUGCUGGGGUUACAGGUGUCAUCGAGAAGUAUGUGCUGAGAGCUUACAGUGGGGAUGACCCCUCCGUACCCCGAACACCCUCUGCCAGCACUGAAUGUGUGGAUACCAGUACCUUCACAGCCACCCUGACAGGCCUGCUCCCCUUCAGAAACUACGCGGUAACCCUAACUGCUUGCACUCUGGCUGGCUGUACCGAGAGCUCCCAGGCAGUGAACAUCUCUACUCCACAAGAAGCCCCAAAAGAGGUUCAGUCUCCAGUAGCCAAAUCCUUUCCCACAUCCCUGUUACUCUCCUGGAAUCCACCCAAACAGGCAAAUGGGAUUAUCACCGGAUACUCUCUCUACAUGGAUGGGAAGCUCAUCUACUCAGGAAGUGAGGAGAACUACACGGUCACAGACUUAGGAGUGUUUACCUCUCACCACUUCCUCCUCAGUGCGUGUACCCACGUCGGGUGUACAAACAGCUCCUGGGUCCCGCUGCACACAGCACAGCUGCCCCCCGAACACGUGGCACCCCCCGUGGUGACAGUCUUGGAUUCUAGGACUGUGGAUGUACAGUGGAAACAACCGGGGAAACUCAAUGGCAUUCUGGAACACUAUAUAUUAUAUAUUUCCAAUCGUACACAUGGGUUUCCAGUUUGGGCCGUCGUCUAUAACAGCAGUGAGAGUUCCCUUGGUCACAAGCUGCAGGACCUUAUCCCUGGUACUGAGUACCUCAUCAAGUUGGGAGCUUGCACCGGAGGCGGCUGUGCGGUGAGUGAGGCCAGCCAGGCCCUGACUGACGAGGACGUCCCUGAAGGGGUGGCCGCCCCUGCAGCCCACUCCUACUCACAGGACUCCUUCAAUGUCUCCUGGACCCUGCCAGAGUAUCCGAACGGUGUCAUCACAAGUUAUGGAUUGUAUCUCGAUGGCGUGUUAAUCCACAGCUCCUCAGAGCGCAGCUGCCAUGCUGAUGGGCUUGCUCCUGGGAGCCUACACUCCUUCAGAGUCCAGGCUUGCACAGCUAAAGGCUGUGCUCUGGGCCCCACGGUGGAAAAUCGAACUCUGGAAGCUCCUCCUGAAGGAACAGUAAAUGUGUUUGUCAGAGCAGAGGGGGCCCGGGAAGCCCGUGUGAAGUGGGGGGCACCGCUGCACCCCAAUGGACUCUUAACGUACUCCGUCCUUGUUACUGGGACUUUCUAUGCAGAUCCAGCAGGAAAUAAUUACACCCUCCUGAGUGGCACAAGAAUCAUGCACAGCAGUGGAGAGGCCAACCUUUGGGUGCCCAUUGUCGGACUGGUCCCUUUCAGUAACUACACUGUACAAGUGAAUGCUUCCAACAGCCGGGGCAGCUUGAUCAGUGACCCUGCAACUAUUGUGAUGCCUCCGGGGGCUCCAGAUGGUGUGCUGCCUCCCAGGCUUUCAUCUGCCACCCCAACCAGUCUUCAGGUUGUCUGGUCUACACCAGCUCGGAACAACGCUCCCGGCUCUCCCAGAUACCAGCUCCAGAUGAGGCUGGCCCGCUCCACGCUCGGCUUUCUAGAAUUAUUUUCCAACCCAUCUGCAUCGCUGCACUACGAAGUGAGCGACCUCCAGCCAUACACGGAGUACGAGUUCCGGCUGGUCGCCUCCAAUGGGUUUGGCAGGGCACACAGCUCUUGGAUUUCACUCUUGACUGCAGAGGACAAACCUGGACCCCUAGAGCCUCCGAUCCUUCUGGACGUGAAGUCAAGAAUGAUGUCAAUCACCUGGCAGCAUCCUUUGAAGCCCAACGGGGUCAUCACCCAUUACAACAUCUACCAACAAGGCGACCUGUACUUGAGGACUUCUGGGAAUGUCACUAAUUGCACAGUGGCGCAUUUACAGCCGAACACUGCCUACAAGUUCCAGAUAGAAGCCUGCACCUCCCAAGGAUGCUCCAUCUCCCCAGAGUCCCAGCCCGUGUGGACUCUCCCGGGGCCACCAGGAGGCAUCCUGAGUCCAGAGCUGUUCUCUGACACUCCGACCUCCGUCCUUAUAUCUUGGCAACCUCCCACCCACCCCAACGGCUUGGUGGAGAAUUUCACAAUAGAGAGAAGGGAGAAAGGGAAGGAAGAAACCACCAUCCUGGUGACCCUCCCCGGGAGCCACGCCAGGAGGUUUACUGACAAGACUCCUGCCCUUAGCCCUUGGACAAAAUACCGAUACCGAGUCCUGAUGAGCACACGCAACGGAGGCACUAACAGCAGUGCUUGGGGAGAAGUCACCACGAGGCCCUCGCGACCCCUUGGGGUGCAGCCGCCAGAGGUACACGUGCUGGGACCCCGAGAGGCCCAGGUCACGUGGCAGCCCCCACUUGUGCGGAAUGGUGACAUCCUGAGCUAUGAGAUCCGCAUGCCUGACCCAUGCAUCACAAUCACCAAUGUGUCCUCCUCGGAAGUGUCCAGUCACACCGUCACUCACCUGAUUCCUUUCACCAAUUAUUCUGUCACCAUCGUUGCCUGCUCAGGGGGUAACGGCUACCUAGGCGGAUGCACAGAGAGUUUGCCUACGUUGGUGACCACGCACCCCACUGCACCCCAGGGUGCCAGUCCCUUGUCAGUGAUUCCACUAAGUGAGUCCUAUGUCGGAAUUUCGUGGCAGCCACCGUCUAAGCCCAAUGGACCUAAUUUGAGAUAUGAGCUUGUGAGACGCAAAAUCCAGCAACCACUUGCAUCAAAUCCCCCAGAAGAUUUAAAUCUGUGGCACAAUAUUUAUUCAGGAACUCAGUGGUUUUAUGAAGAUAAGGGUCUUAGCAGGUUUACAACCUACGAGUAUAAGCUCUUUGUGCACAACAGCGUGGGUUUCACUCCAAGCCAAGAAGCGAAGGUGACGACCUUGGCUGGUUUUCCCGAGAGGGCUGCCAACCUCACUGUGACCGUCCUCAACCACACGGCCAUCGACGUGAGAUGGGCUAAGCCAACUUUUCAAGACCUCCAGGGAGAUGUUGAGUAUUACACACUUUUUUGGAGUUCUGCUACCUCAAACGAAUCUCUGAGAAUCCUCCCAGGUGUGAAGUCCUAUGUCAUUGGCCACUUGAAGCCAAACACAGAGUACUUCAUUUUUAUCUCUGUCUUCAAUGGAGCCCACAGUAUCAACAGUACAGUCUUGCGAGCAAUCACUUGCGAUGGGGAGCCUCAGGGCAUGCUGCCGCCAGAGGUUGUCAUCAUCAACCGCACAGCUGCCCGUGUCAUCUGGUCAUCUCCUUCAAACCCAAAUGGCGCUGUCACCGAGUACUCCAUCUAUGUAAACAAUCAGCUCUACAAGACCGGAAUGGAUGUGCCCGGCUCGCUUGUUCUGAGAGACUUGUCCCCCUUCACUGUCUAUGACAUCCAGGUGGAAGUAUGCACAAAAUAUGCGUGUGCGAAAAGCAACGGAACCCAAAUCGCCACUGUGGAAGACACACCCAGUGACAUAGCGACACCCGUCAUUCACAACAUCACGUCAAGAUCCCUUCGAAUUGAUUGGGUGUCUCCAGGGAAGCCAAACGGCAUCAUUCUUGGAUAUGAGCUUUUACGGAAAACAUGGCACCCGUGCUCCAAAACCUGGAAGUUAAUGGAGGACCACAGUGAUGAACUCUGCAAGGCGGUGAGGUGCCCCAAACCUCAAAAGAUCUGUGGGCACAUCUGCUUUUCUCCCAAAGCUAAGGUCUGUUGUAACGGAGUCCUCUACGACCCCCAGCCUGGAUACCACUGCUGUGAAGAGAAGUACCUUCCAUUCCUUCCCAAUUCCACUGGUGUUUGCUGUGGUGGCAGAAUCCAAGAGGCACAGCCCGAUCAUGAGUGCUGCUAUGGGUAUUAUGCCAAGGUACUGCCAGGUGAAAUCUGCUGUCCCGACGCGCAGCACGAGCGCGUUUCCGUGGGGCUCGGCGACGCGUGCUGCGGCAGGAUGCCCUACGCCUCCUCCGGCCACCAGAUCUGCUGCGCGGGGGUCCUGCACGACGGCCGCGGGCGGCAGUGCUGCGGGGGCCAGGUGGUGAGCAGCGCGGUGCGGUGCUGCGGAGGCGAGGUGCGGGGCCUGGUGUACCCCGCCCUGCCAGGAAUGUUGUGUUGCGGGCAGGAUUAUGUGAAUAUGUCAGAUACCAUAUGCUGUUCGGCCUCCAGUGGAGAAUCUGAAGCACACGUUAAAAUGAAUGUCGCAGAGCCAGGAAAAUGCUGUGAGACCGAACUUAUCCCAGAGAGCCAGAAAUGCUGUAAUGGAGUUGGAUAUAACCCUUUGAAAUAUGUUUGCUCUGACAAGAUUUCAACAGCAGCCACGAUGAAGGGAACCAGAGCCUGUGGAACUCUCUGCCCAGCGUCUAUGGAAGCCACUGCUCACUGUGGCCGCUGUGACUUCAACUCUACCAGCCACGUCUGCGUGGUGACAACUGGGUCCCACAAUUUCACAGGGAAGGCAUCGACUGAAGAAACAUGCCCAUCUCUGGAAGACACUGUGCACAUGGGAAGCACAGACACCUUCUCCUUCACAGACAUGUAUCUCAAGCCCUACACGAUGUAUGAAUAUAGAAUUUCUGCAUGGAACAGCUACGGGCAAGGAUUCAGUCAAACUGUUAGAGCCAGCACGAAAGAAGAUGCCCCUGAGGGAGUGCACCCCCCUCGGUGGACCAAAGUGGGCGAUCUUGAAGAUACGAUUGUCUUACACUGGAAAAAACCUAUACAAUCAAACGGUCCCAUCAUUUACUAUAGUCUUCUCCGAAAUGGAGUUGAACGUUUUCGGGGCACUUCCUUGAGCUUCUCUGAUACGGAGGGAAUCCAGCCAUUCCAGGAGUAUUGCUACCAGCUGGCAGCCUGCACCGUGGCAGGCUGUACUACCAGCCGCAAGGUAGUUGUCACCAUGACCCAAGGAGUUCCAGAGAGUGUCAGGCCGCCCAGCAUCACGCCCCUGAAUGCUGAGUCUCUGCAUCUAAGCUGGAGUGUCCCGGGGAAACCAAAUGGUGUCAUUAAACAGUACCAGCUCUGGCAAGGUGGCAGAGGUCUCAUCUACACUGAUAUCACUCACCGGAGGCAGCAUACGGUCACAGGUCUGCAGCCCUUCACCAACUACAGCUUCUCGCUCACAGCUUGUACGUCUGCUGGGUGUGCUUCCAGUGAGCCUUUUCUAGGUCAGACGCCACAGGCAGCCCCACAAGGAGUGUGGGUGACGCCACGACACACUGUCAUCAAUUCUACAUCGGUGGAAUUGUACUGGAGUCCGCCGGAGAAACCCAAUGGGCUUAUUUCUCAGUAUCGGUUGAGUCGGAAUGGAACUUUACUCUUCGUGGGUGGCGGAGAGGAGCAGAAUUUCACAGAUAAACACCUGGAGCCAAACAGCAGAUACGUUUAUAAGUUAGAAGCCAGAACUGGAGGGGGCAGCGGUACUAGUGAUGCGUACAUUGUCCAGACACCUCUGUGGACACCAGAAGAAAUUCAUGCUCCAUAUAACAUCACAGUAGUGGGACCUUAUUCCAUAUUUGCAGCUUGGACACCACCAGGGAUCCUCAUCCCCCAGAUUCCUGUGGAGUACCACGUCCUACUCAAUGAUGGGAGUGUCACACCUCUGACCUUCUCAGUCGGUCACCUACAAUCCACCCUUCUGGAAAACCUGGCUCCUUUCACCCAGUAUGAGAUAAGGAUACAAGCAUGUCAAAACGGUGGCUGUGGAGUUAGCAGUAGGGUGUCUAUCAAGACGUCUGAGGCAGCCCCCGAGGAUCUUGGUCCCCCUCUUCUCAAGGUGCUGGGGUCAUCUUGCGUAGAGGUCCAAUGGAUGCCACCUAACAAACCAAAUGGAAUCAUCACCAAGUACUUCAUUCACAGACGUCCUGCUGGCACCGAAGAUGCGUCCCUCGUGUUUGCCUGGUCAGAAGGGGCCCUCCAGUUCACAGAUGAUGCUGGGACACUGAGACCUUUCACACGCUAUGAGUAUAGGGCCCGAGCCCAGAACUCCAAGGGCUCGGUGAACAGCGACUGGUCCUCUACACAGACCCUGGAAGCGCCCCCUCAGGCCCUGCCGGCCCCCCAGGCUCGAGCCACCAGUGCCCAUUCCGUCCUGCUGACCUGGACAGAGCCAGAGUCACCCAAUGGCCACAUCUCCCAGUACCGCGUGGUCUAUAGAGAGAGGCACGAGGACCCAGGCCCAGGCAGUACACCGGUGCCCGCGUUCACAGUAACGGGCACAAGCCGCCAAGCCCAGCUGUUCGGGUUGGAGCCAUUCACCACCUACCACGUUGCUGUGGUGGCUGUGAACCACGCAGGAGAUGUUUCAAGUCCCUGGACUCUGGUUCAAACCUUAGAAUCUUCCCCGAGUGGGCUGAGCAACUUUACCGUGGACCAGAGAGAGAAUGGCCGAGCACUGCUGCUCCAGUGGGCAGAGCCCAUGAGGACCAACGGGGUGAUCCAGGCCUACGGAGUCUUCAGCGAGGGGCUCCCGGAGUACCGAGGCCCGGGCCGCAGCCUCCUGCUGCGCCGCCUGCGCCCGGGCAGCGUCUACACCCUGAGCCUGGAGGCCUGCACGGCAGCCGGCUGCGCCCACUCGGCGCCCCAGCGGCUGCGCACCGGCGAGGGCGCCCCGGAGUCCCAGCCUGCGCCCGCGGUGCGCGUCGUGGGGCCCACGCACGUGGAGCUGCGCUGGUCGGAGCCCGCGAGCCCGCAUGGGAAGAUCACGCGCUACGCCGUGGUUCGCAGAUGCGAGGGAGACCUCACGCGUGGGAACUGGACGACCCAGGCCCAGGCCGAGGAAAGAACCGUCUUCGUGGAACACAGCCCCCCGGAAAGGGGCGCCUUCGCGUACACAGACACAGGGGUGCAGCCGUGGACCCCGUGCGAGUAUCGCAUCUGCACCUGGAACUCCGCGGGCCACACCUGCAGCGCCUGGAGCGCGGUGAGGACGCUGCAGGCGCUUCCCGAAGGGCUCUCUCCUCCGGAGCUGGCCUGGGUGUCCAGGGACCCCCCCGCCCUGCUCAUUUCCUGGACGCCCCCGGAACAGCCCCACGGGGUGGUCCAGUCCUACGGGCUGCAGAAGAACGGGGUGCGCUACCCCUUCAGCUUUGACGCUGGCACCUUGAGCUACACGGACGACGACCUGCUGCCCUUCUCCACCUACAGCUACGCUGUCCUGGCCUGCACGCUCGCGGGCUGCUCCACCAGCAAGGCCGCCCAGGUCACCACCCCCGAGGCGGCCCCGUCGGGGCUCAGCCCUCCCACGCUCUGCGCCGUCAGUGCCAGUCAGAUCAAUGCGUCUUGGUCCCCACCAUCCACGCCAAAUGGGGCGAUCACUGGGUACCUGCUGAGAUACGACAACAAGGAGCAGCCGGCCGGGCAGGGUCUGACCCUCCUGGUUUCCCACUUGCAGCCCUGCACUCAGUACAAUUUCUCCCUGGUCGCCUGCACAAGUGGGGGGUGCACAGUCAGUGAGUCCAGGUCUGCCUGGACGAUGGAGGCCCCGCCAGAGAACAUGGGCUCCCCCGUGUUGCUGGUCACAAGCUCCGAAUCCAUAGAAGUCACCUGGGAACCCCCGAGAAACCCAAAUGGCCGGAUCCGAAGCUAUGAGCUGAGGAGGGAUGGGGCUGUGGUGUACACUGGCCCCGGAACACGCUAUCACGAUGCCCCUCUCACCCCGGGAGUGGAGUACGGCUACACAGUGACCGCCACCAAUAGCCAAGGGCACACUUCCAGUCCUCUUGUCAAACACCGGACCAGCCCCUCGGCGCCCUCAGGGAUGCGGCCUGCCGAACUGCAUACCCAGGGUCCCCGGGAGAUCAUAGUGAGCUGGGACCCUCCGGCGAGGACCAAUGGUGAUAUCGUCAAUUACACGCUUAUCAUCCGUGAGCUCUUCCAGGGGGAAACGAGAGCCGUGCACAUAAACACGACGCACGGUUCUUUUGCUGAACGGUCGCUUGUGGUGGAGCAGCUGAAGCCUUUCAGUAGGUAUGAAGUACGAAUUCAAGCCUGCACUGCCCUGGGAUGUGCAUCAAGCGACUGGACCUCCAUCCAGACCCUGGAGAUGGCUCCUCAGAUGCAGCCUCCUCCUCAUGUGGAGGUGGGCACGGCUCCUGGGGGGUUCCGGCCCACUGUUUCCCUUCUGUGGACAGGGCCGCUCCAGCCCAAUGGGAACAUUUUACACUAUGAAUUGUACAGAAGACAAACAGAGACUCCAUCUGGAAAAUCCAACCCAGUGCUAACCUACAACGGGAGCUCGAACUCCUUCAUGGAUUCUGACCUGCUGCCUUUCACCAAGUACGAGUACCAGGUCUGGGCCGUGAACUCAGCAGGAAAAGCCCCCAGCAGCUGGGCACGGUGUAGAACCCAGCCUGCACCCCCAGAAGGCCUCAGUGCCCCCAGUGUCCACGCAGUAUCCUCCACCCAAGCAGUGCUCAACAUCAGUGUCCCCUCGAAGCCCAACGGAGACAUCAGUCUCUACCGGCUGUUCUCCAAUACCAGCGGGGUCCUGGCCGUGUUGUCGGAAGGCACGGCCACCCAGCAGACUCUCCACGACCUGCGACCCUUCACCUCUUACCAGGUCGGGGUGGAAGCCUGCACCUGCCUCAACUGCUGCAGCCGCGGGCCCACGGCCGAGCUGAGGACGCGCCCUGCUCCACCCUCCAGCCCAUCGGCUCCCCGGGUCCUGGAGCUGGGCUCCCGGACAGCCUCCGUCCAGUGGGGGCCCCCGCUGUUUCCCAAUGGCGUCCUUCGGAGCUACGAGCUCCAGCUCUCCGCAGCCUGUCCUCCGGAUGCAGCCCCGGCCUGCGCCCCCAGCCAAGCAGAGACCAGGUACCGGGGCCUGGGACUUGGAGCCAGCCUCGGGGGUCUCCAGCCAUACAGUGCCUACCGGCUGCGGGUGGUGGCCCACAAUGAGGUGGGCAGCCGGGCUUCCGAGUGGACCCGCUUCACCACUCACAAGGAACUCCCUCAGUACCGGAUGCCAUUUUCCGUGGAGAGCAACGCGUCUGUGGUGUGCCUGGACUGGAGCAGUAGCUUCCUCCUGAACGGCCGGCUCAAGGAAUAUGUAGUGACUGAUGGGGGCCAGCGUGUGUACAGCGGUCUGGACACCACUCUCCACAUACCGAGGACAGUGCACAAAACCUUCUUUUUCCAGGUAACUUGCACCACGGAUAUAGGAAGUGUUAAGACACCACUGAUCCAAUAUGACACCUCUACUGGAUUUGGUCUGGUGCUGACAACUCCCGGAGGGAAGAGGGGCUCGGGGAGUAAAAGCAGAGAAUUCUACAGCGAGCUGUGGUUCAUCGUGUUAAUGGCAAUGCUGGGCUUGAUCUUAUUGGCCAUUUUUCUGUCCCUGAUACUACAAAGAAAAAUCCACAGGGAGCCGUACAUCCGGGAGAGACCCCCGCUGGUCCCGCUUCAGAAGAGGAUGACACCUUUGAAUGUCUACCCUUCGAGGGAAACCCCAGUGGGAUUAGCUGAUACCAAAAUCCCUCGGUCAGGGACACCCGUGAGUAUUGGAAGCAACCGGAGUGUGUCUGUCCUGAGGGUCCCCAGCCAAAGCCAGCUCAGCCAGGCCUACUCCCAGGGCUCCCUGCACCGCAGCGUCAGCCAGCUCCUGGACGGUCAAGACAAGAAAGUCCUACUCGACGACUCACUGUGGGAAACCAUCGUGGGCCACAGUAGUGGACUGUACGUAGAUGAAGAGGACCUGAUGAAUGUGAUCAAAGGUUUCAGCUCAGUGACCAAGGAACACACCACGUUCACCGACACUCAGCUGUGACACUGCCUGCUGUGAGGCCCAUGCUGGGCUCUGCAUCCUGCAGCCCCUGUAGCACCCGAUACAGGUAGUCCGUGACACUUCAGAGACGGAAGCUGUUCUCAAAAUCAUUCCUCUCUAAUAGAGAUGUGGGAAGUGUUAUUUUUCUGGUUGUCUGAAACAAGGGGUGAUAACUGUAGGAAAACGCCCGUUUCCUGUUUAUUUGAUGGAAGAUGAAGCAUGUAAUUUUCACUCAGCUCUGGCGGUGAGGCAUGAGCUAAGUAAAUAAGCAGUGGUGAUUUCAAGAUGGACCACAGGUGUUGCAAGGAGGUGUUACUGCUUUCGAAACCAAGGGAAUCUACUGAGAUGCUGCUGCCACCAGGAUUUUGAAAAAAAGGCGCCUGGAACCUUCAGAGCUGCAAGAUGAAACUCCUACUUCAGGCCGCACUGAAGCGGAAAAAAAACAAUGCUGAGCUACGGACAGGCACUCGGCUGAAGUUCCGUUUUAAUGACGUUAUUAGUGAUAAACACCAGCCUCCUGCCAGGGCACCACGUCACUUGGUCACAAAUGCUGCAGUUCCUGCAGUCAGGAACUGUUGGUCUCCUCAGGGGCAAACCACUAAUUUAUAUGUUUUAGAAAGAAAACUUGAACUAAUGUUUUUCAUAUUUUACAUAAUUUGGAAACUCCAAUCAGCAUUUCCAUAAAGUUCUGUCAAUUCACUAACUAGCGUGAAAAUAACACUUCUUCCACUUAGCACAUUUCAAACACAAACUGUUUGGUUUGUUAUAACUGUUAUAAUUAGACCUCGUGAUGUUUAGAGAAAAACACAUUAUUCAUGCUCCUUCCAGUUUUGAAACUGUUAAUACAUUUACAUGUAAGUGCAAAAGUAUCAGUAUACACAUACCUAUUAUUUGCAGCUUGUCUCAUUUCAGAGAAGUUACUCCUUUAGUGCUAGAAUCUGCAGGAAUACAUGACAUACCUCCUUUCUUAUGGGUCAGAAACUUCUGCUAUCUGCUCUAUUUGGAUCUGUUAUUAGUGAAAGUCCCAUAGCAAGAGAAAAGAAGUCCCAUCACGAACAUAAAAUUUUUCCUAGAAAAAUUUUCCUAGAAAAAUAUUACCCCCUUUAUUUAUUCUUAAAGGUUUUAACCACCACAGGAAAUUCAUUUGAAUACUUGUGUCUCACACACUAUUGUCUGACAAGACUUUGUGACUCCAUCUCUAAGCAGGUGAUUUCUGCAAAGCCAAGCUGGCAAAAGGUUAGCUACAUUACUCAUCCUGCCUGAAAACCAUGAAUUGCCCCCAGGUCUGGCAGUCAAAGCCUGGGGACUCUAGGGGUACCGAGUUGUCAUCCAAACCUGUGGGCGAGCAGCUCCCGCCCUGGCCAUCUCCAAAGCCUGCCAGCCCACGGCUCAAAGGCAGACCAGCAGUGCACGCUUCUUCCCCCACAACUGCCACACACCAGAGCGCGGAAAUGGCUGUCACCUUGGCAUUGGCUGCACAAGUUAGGUUUUGUUUUCUCACCAAAAGUUUUUUAUUCUUAACUGGAAACAGUUCAGCUGAAUUUCUUGGUUUUCAUUCCCUGUUGCAACUUGUCAAGGGGUUGUUUAAAUGAACCCCACCCCAGGCUGAGUAACAGCCCCUCCUGAAGUGUCCAGGGUACAUCGGGGAAGUGGCCCUUUCCAGCCCCUCACCUGGGCUCUAUGCAGGGGUGUGCACCUCUGCCAGUUUGAUCUGCUAGUCACACGUGGAGUCAGGAGACAGCGAGCUCACCCCAUUUUCUAAAAGAUCACCACCUUUACCAUAGCAUAGCUUUAAAAGUAGUUUUAUAAGUUUAGAACACAAAAGCUGGAGAACCGUGGGACACUGCAUCCUAAAUCACUCUCCACUUUCUGGUCUAACUCAACUUUGUGAAUUAACUCAAGUCGCGUUUGACCCCCAUGGCUUAGGGCAGGCAGAGGCACGCACAGCUUCUGCCCAGACCAUCUCUAACCCUAACCCUAACCCUAACCUGAAUCUAUUCUAAGGAAGAGUCCUGUCUGACUGUUCUAAUUGGCGCCAUGUACCAAGCCUCUGUUACACAAAUACACAGACCGUCCCCUAGGGGUUCUGACCCAACUGGCUGGGGUGGGCCAGGCCUCAGCAGGCCCCAAGCAAUGGCUCUUGCUGAGAACUUGCACAGCAAGCACCUCCAGGAGCCUUCCACUGCUCGUCCCUCAGAGCAGUGAUCAGCGCUUUUUUUUUUUUUUUUUUUUUUGUCUUUUUCAUUUUUAUUGGUACCGGGGAUCGAACUCACGACUGCCUGCUUGCAAGGCAGGCGCUUAUGCCGCCGAGCUAAACCUCCAGCCCCAUGAUCAGUGCUUCUCUGACACACAUUCUGGACCUCCUCACUGCUCCUGUAAUCUGUACGACCUCAAUCUCUGCUUCAUUUAAGAACCACAUGUUCUAACUGCUGGCUAGCAGAGCACACCUGUAUUUCCCUAAGGGCUUCCCAGAGCUGUGUCUUUGGAGAUGACCUCCCGCAACUUCCGCCAAACGGACAGCGUCUGCAUAGAUUUGUUAUAGUACCUCAUGCUGACAUAACACUCAUUAGCAUCCACGUAAAAAUGAGCCAACCUGUAAGAAAGAGCUUGUGUCAACAGCAGCUGAUUUCCAAAGCAUGAGUAUCAAGUGAAUCAGCCUAAAGAUGGUUACUAUUUUAAUGUGAACCAAGUUUAAUGUGUUUGUGAAAAAGCACCCUGAGCAUCUUGAGUCACACAGGAAAGAUAAAUGCAUCCCCACUUAAGGAAACAGGCUGUCUGGCCACCUCCUGAUGUGUCUUCCAGUCAACUGCGGCACUUUCUUCAAGCUCUUGAGUCCCCACCACCGAAGACACAAACAGGGAAGGACUCUGGUGGGGUCUGGUGAUUGUGGGUGAGCAUGUUAACGGUGAGAUGUGAGUGUGGAUGCGGAAGCCAAGAAUACACACAGGGGCUUUUCACGGAGGAAACUGGGAGGGCAGGAUGCCGGGUGGUGUCCUGUGUGGUGUCAGUGCUGACAUCCAGGACACGAGGGCAUCCAACUGCUAGGGUACUGCUAAGGGUAAACGGUACCUUGAGAUUAAAUACAAAUAAAUUGAAAAGCUUUCUGUCACUGAGAAAAAUUCUGUUUCGUUUCUUACCCAUCACACAAAGUACAUAAAUGCACUGUGGCUUUUCUCCCAGCCACAAACUUAAGGAUGGAAGUGUGAGGAAAACCACUGGGCACGUGGAAGGCUCCUUCAGCUUUACCAAGUUCCAGGGCAGGCUCACAUUCCUGGGGUCACACCCCGCUUCAGUCUCCCCUCUGUGAAGGAAAUCACCAAGCUUGUACUUGCGGCGUACUGCAAUCUACAGUCAGGAUGGUGUGGAAUUUUACCGUAGGACAGCCCUUGUGUUUGUUUUCAGUCUUUUAUUCUCAGUCAAUACAAAUUUCACACAAUUGUGAUACUGAAAAACAGCGUAUUGUUACAGUCCUAGGGAUUUUGAAUUAUGGUGCACAUUUUCCUUACUGGUGAUGGAACUUAGUCUUUAUAUAUACUGAAUUCCUCUCCUUAAUUGGAGGGAGCAAAAGGAGGCACACACACACAAACACGUAGGUACAUUUCAAACAAUAACUACUCAGCCAGACAUACUGUCUUAAUAAUUUUUAUUUGAUUAAGCUGAUAAAUAAAUACCGAGAUUUUUGUGAAAAUCACUGACAAUACAGUAAACUUUAAAGCAUUUAUUCCAACUUCACGCACAUAUAUUUCUUGGAAUGGAAAUAUAUACACAUUAUUUAGCAAUGAAUGCUUGUUUAAAUUUACACUUCCCCUAUUUGCUGAAACUUGACAUUCAUUCCAAUUAAAUGAAGGAAAAAUGUACAAAAAUUUUUUUCUUCUCUUACAAUUCAAAAUAUAUUCAAAACAACAUUUUUACACCAGUAAAAACCUUUAACCAAA